GUUCCAGCCGCGUCUCGCCGCGCUUGGUGUUUAUAUAGAAAAGGGUAGACUCUGUCAAGGAGCUCCUCUUUUAUUUUUAAGGAGAGGUGUAGAAAAUAGAAAUCCGAGGCGUCGGAUCUGAGACCCGGACUGGUAGUGAGAAUGACGUCUCUAUAGUGUAUCUGGAACUUGUCUGCACAUAAUUACCAAACAGUAGACUGAGGUGUAUGAUGAUUAUUGACCUGCUUUGAGACAGGCCGCGCAAAACGAAACGCUAGAUUAGCAUUCAUACAUGAAGAUAAUAGUUUAGCUGCGAGAGUGGUAACAGUCACAUAUCUGACUCUUAAAAAGGCACGGUCGGGUUCGGUUAGAGCAUUUAGCGAAGAGCGCAUGAUGUUACCUGUGUUUGUGUAACCGGCUAAAUCACUGACAGGACGCUCGCUGGAGUCUACAGAGUAGUGGUCUUUAACAGAAAUAUAUAUAUAUAAUGUAAAAUCACAUCAGCAUCAGCAUCAUAAUAACACGUGAUUUAGUUUCCGAUAGACGGGAGUCUUGUUAGCUGUAAAGCGCUGUUGUGUGGGUAAUAUUUAUUAGAAAGCGCUUGUGUCGAGUGUGGGUUGACUGUGUCAGUUGAUUUUUUUUUAUUAGGAACAGACAAAUCAUUUCAUUUUGUGACCAGCAUCUGUUUUGGAAUUCAAGCGCACCUUCUCUGCUGGCUCUGUCCGGCCAGAAAAUAAUGUCCCGGCGCUGAAGAUGGGUGGCAGCGGCUCCAAAUCCCGUGGGUUGUGGUCUUUUGCUGGCUCCGGUAUCGGUUCUGAUCCAGCCAGCGGUGGCAAUGAACAGACCCUGUCCAGGCUUGGGGCCAGCAGGUCGUGCACUCCCUUCGUGUUUACUAGAAGGAGCUCCCUGUAUUACGAUGAGGAUGGAGACCUGGCCCAUGAGUUCUACGAGGAGACAAUCGUGACGAAGAACGGCAGGAAGAGGGCGAAACUGAAGAAGAUUCAGAAGAAUCUAAUACCUCAGGGAAUGGUGAAGCUGGAUCACCCCCGGAUCCACGUGGAUUUCCCGGUUGUGCUCUGUGAGGUGUGACGGCGAGACGUUUGAAGGAAAGACCACGGCUGAUGCUGUUACGACUCUGCCCCCCCCCCCCCCCCCCCCCCCAUGCAGUCCCUCCUGAACUUCCAUUCUAACCACGGCGCCUCGGGAGUGCGCAUGUCCUGGGGGCCAUUUGGUAGGCUGGGAGCUCUUUGGCGGCUGCUGCUGUGUCGUGCCUCAUGGAAACUAUAAACCCCGAUCUGCUUGCUGUAAAAAGAAAAAAAGGGGUGGUGUAAGUUUAACACGCUGACCAGCGAGAUCAGUCAGGGAGGAGGUUCAUAUAAAGUGUUGUUGGUUUAGAUCCAUCCCCCACCUAACCCACCCUCUUUAAAACAUACUGGCCUUACUUUCUUUUUUAUGUCAUGGGUUUCUGAAUGAACUUGUGCUCUUUGAUUGAAUCCUACAGAUGUUAAUGUGAAAGUCAUGUACAGUCAAACCUGACUCUCCACCCCUCCUGGGGCCUUGUGAGUGGUCCCUAUAUAAAAUGGUCUUUAAUAUGGGUUUGACUGUAUUUACUCUGCCCACGGAAUAUCAAAAGGAAGAUAUAUUGGGAAAAAUAAACUUACUUGCUUGUGGGUUUUUUUUUCUUUUUUUUGUUACUUAUGUUUUUAUGGACCCCGUCUGCUUGAAAAAUACUGUUUUGGCAGCCCCAUUUUCUACAGAUUCUAAAUGAAGUGAAGUAAAAGAUAGCCGGUCCCCCUUGGCCGAAUAGCUCAUCACAACAACUGCAAGAGCCCUAAAAUAAAACUAGUAGAGUGUGUGUGUUGGGGGGGGGGAUUGUACAUCACCCUAGUCUUAUACAUUUAGACAGCAAUACCUCAAUUAGUGGUCAGGAAUGAGUGUUCGUAGCAGUUAGCAAUAUUUGAAUCAUUACAACAAAAAUAGCGUAAUAUUUUAUGUACUACUCAGUUACAAUACUGUGUUCUACAGUAAAUUGCAUGUUUCUGAUGAGAUAUGGUUAAAUUGAUCUUUACAUCUUAAGAUGAUUUUACAUAGGCUGGUUGAUGCCUGUGCGUAUAUGUGUCACACCUCUAUUCAGCUGCAGUAGGUUCCUUUAUCAGUAAUCAUUUUCAGUGUAUUGGUCUGUAAGAAAUAUAAAUAUGAUCAUCACUGUAUGUAUGAGGUGCUGUGACAAUGUUGCAUCGUAAGGUGGCAGCAUAGCCUAAGGAAAGGGCUCCAGUGUGCUUUUAGUUUUGGACUGCACAGUCAAUAUCAUUGAAGUUAAUCAUUCUCAAAAUAGCAAUGAGAGAAAUGGCUGGGCAACAUUUAGCAAGCUUGUGUGUUUUUUGUAAUAACACGAGUACUGCCUCCAUUUAAUUAAAGAAAAAACAAAAGUUAAUUCAAGAAAAAUUUAUUGUAAUAUGUAUUCAGUCCAGUGUGCAUGGCUCCCAUUUACAUUCCUGCUUUGUGUGUUUUAAAAAGGUUCUAGAAUGUUUGCUUAAAAAAAAAAAAAAAUCCACAAAUCCCUGCUGUUCUUGUGCAGAUGUCAUGAAAAUGAAGAGAUUUAUUUAUUCGUAGACAGCAAUGUCUGACUGGUGACCUGAUCUGCUGUGUUUGCCUCCCAUUUUCAGGUGAAAUUCAGUCCUGUUAUGUCAUGUGGGUCAAUUUUAACAUUGGUCUUUUUAGGGAAAUAUAUAAUUUUUUUGCUGGAACUUCUAAAUACAUUUAGUGACAGUGGGAGUAAUCCCUAAUGCUGCUGUAGAAAUAAUUUUAAAUGGACCCCAUUGCCUUUUUCGACAUUGAAAUCUAGGUUGAGUCUCUCGGGGUCGGUGUUAUGAUGCUGUGCCUCAGAAAAAAUAUCCCUAAUCUAAUUACCGUGAACUGUGCAUUAUCCUUGUGCUGAUAGCGCCCAUUAAAAAUUGUGCAGGGUAUAAUUGAGAACACUAAACCGCGAUGCACUCCAGCUAGUGUGUGUUUGGUUUGUUUAGAUGUGAAGUAUCAAGCAGAUGCCUGUAUUGUGAAGGACACAUUAAAAAGACAAAGUUCUGUGUACCAAGACCAAAGUUGGAAAGCUGUGUGCCGCCCCCUUGAGCACUUGGAACAAAACAAAACUGAAAUCUCCCUGCUUCAACAGAAUAAUGAAAUCAAAAAAGGGAUGCUGUGUCUUUAAGUACUGUGUACAUAUGUAGCUGUGGUGUAGCUCUUUGAGUCAGCAGCCCAGUACAGGCAAGGGUAGGCUUUUCAUCAAUGCGUGUAUAAUAAAUGAUAUCCUGUGUGCAGCACUAGUACUUAUUGCAUUUCUGUUUGGGGAUAAAAUAAAAAAUUGAGUAGUUUUUUUUUUUUUUAAAAAUCAGUUU